GGACAUGAGUUGUAGAUCAGCGGCCGUGUGGAGCGUGAAGGCGAAGCUGCAGCGGAGAGUCGAUGGCUGGUUUAGCGAGCAGUGUGAACCGAGCCAGGCAGCCCGCUGAGCUACGUACCGAGUCUCACAGUCUCUGUCGAAAAUGAGCCUUGUUGCUCGUUUAAUUUCGUUGCCAAAGGAAAGCUGCAAAAGGAAAGAUAUUACCUCUGACUAUUAUCUCUGACUGAGCAGCAGUGGGGACACUGUGGGGCUCGUUUUUAGCACCUGGCUACCUCGCUAGCUCCGUGCUAUGACUACACAGCGAGCAGCUCACAUUGCUUCAGCCUGACAUUUUCAACAUGGCCAUCGCUCAGUUUCGCCUGUUCAAGAUAUGCACUUGCAUAGCAACCAUCCUUUCUUUCUUUAAAAGGUUGAUAUGCAGAACUGGAAGAUCACGGAAGCUAAGCGGUGAUCAGAUCACUCUUCCUACUACUGUUGAUUAUUCCUCUGUGCCUAAACAGCCAGAGAUUGAAGAAUGGAGUUCGUGGGAUGAAGAGGCUCCAACAAGUAUAAAGAUUGAGGGUGGUAAUGGAGCUGUUCCUCCACAGCAAAACCAGGAGGAGGAGGAAGAGCCAGACUAUUUUAAAGACAUGGCUCCUACCAUCAGGAAAACACAAAAGAUUGUCUUGAAGAAGAGGGAGCCUGUGAAUUUCUCUGUCCCUGAUACUGCUACAGGCUUCUCCAGCAGACUGGCUGCCGCUCAGGACAUGUCCUUCAUCCAGCCUUCAGCAGAGCUGGGGGACCUGGAUAACUGGCAGGAGGACAAUAAUGCCUGGGAAGAUGAGUCUGAUGCUGCAUGGGAGGCAGAGGAAGUGUUAAGACAGCAGAAGAUGGCAGAGAGGGAGAAGCGUGCAAUGGAACAGCAGAGGAAAAAAAUGGAGAAGGAAGCUCAGAGAAUGAUGAAGAAGGAGCAGAAGAUUGCAGUCAAGCUUUCAUAACAUUUAUAAGGAGCGCCGGACACUCAAAAACCCCAACUGAUCCUCCGUCAAUACCUUUGAUCCUUUUUAUCCAUUGCUUUUUAUCCAUUGCACAUUUCACUUCUGUGACAUUUGCCAUCAAAUUUGGGAGUCUAUUGACUGGUCAUGAGAAUUCUACUGGUUUUCUAACUCUUUCCCUUUUAUUGUAUUGAAUACAAUAACACUUUCUUUUUUGUGCAUUCAGGAGCAUUGGGGAAUAUAAUAGACCUGCAGAAAAACUUGGCAGAUUAUAGUGUGUCUGUAUUUAUAAAACUUGAAAGACUGAUGGGAAUGACAUGAUCUUCUUGCCUUUGUAAUAUUUUUUGUCUUUGUUUUUUUCCUCUCACCAUUCUUUGUAUGAUUCUGUGCUUUAAACAGUUAAUUACGGAGGAAGCAUUUUAAAUUGUGGCAGUAAUAGUCCAAAUAAUUGUUGAAUUUAUGCAACCCCUUUUUCCGCUUGCAGAGCAAAUGAAUGGUAGUUAGCUUGUCAUCACGUCCCCCUAUUUUCAGUGGUGAGAUAAGCAUAACUGUGAUUAAGAGUCACUGCAGAAUGAGGCCUUAUGUAAUGGCAUGUACUUUCAAAAAAGGGAUGGAGUUUGCCUUCCCCAGAUCAAGGUCAUCUGACAAUAAAACAAAAUCACAUGAAGCCUGAGACUGAAAAGAAGAGCAUAUAUCUCUGUUCAUGUAGUAGAAAUCGGUUCUUCAGGCUUAGUCUGGCCUGGUGCGUGCCAUCUGAAAUGAGGCAGUGUGUCUGUUGCGUGAUGGAGCGGCCGCUCUUGAAGCGAGUGUUUAUUGAGACGUGAGUGUUAAACUGUUGGUCGUCAUGGUAACCUUGCAGUUUUAGACUGAAAUGGCAACCAAAGCAACUCAUGCCAUAUCCAUUUUUAAUUGAAUAGUGUGUUUCCAUUCAGUGUAGUAAUAGAAAGCAUCAGGUAAAUAAUCUGUUCAUCACCAAGGACAUGUAGCACCUCUUAGGUUUUAGGCAGGAAUUCUCUUCUUAUAAGUCCAGUAACAACUGGAGUCUGUUUUGACAGGAUAAUGGUUUGUGUUCUCAGACUGACUGACUUGUUGGUUGGUUGUGAAUAAGAAGAAUGUCAUGUGGAAAUGUACCUUUAUGUCUCUCUCAAUUGUUCGGUACUGGUAUAAAGCUCAGGGCUGUCCUAAGGUGUUGAGGAUGGUGGAGAUGGCAUCAUCUUGUGCUAUAAUGAGAAGGGAAAGUCAAGCCUUGAGAGACAUAGGGCACAGAUAAAAAUCAACAUCCUACCUUUGAGUUUCUUACCUUUAGGUUUUUUUUUCUUCUUCUAGUCAGGGUGCUGUUUCUCCAAAGCUUAAUGAUCAUUAAUAAUGAGUUUGAGACAGUUCUAAAGUUUUUUCUGAAAUCCGUUUGGAAAGGUUUCUGAGAUUGGUUUUACCAUGUGUGGCAAGACAAUGAAGUGCAUGAUGGUGUCUUUUGUCAAACAUUGCUUCUGUUUCUUUGCACACAUUCCUCCUUCACCUGUAAUAAAUGUUUGGAAAGCCA